AUGGACGAGCAGCUCUUGAACUGCGUGUUUCGCUUUAAACACAAGGCUCCAAGUGAUAACCAAGAGGCAGCAACGUGUGUUGCCCUAGCCACGUACGUGGCUGCGUUCGUAGCGGAAUUGCAGCCCACAGAAGCCUAUGAACUGCCGUGCGGUCGCGUCGAACCUCUUGCAGACGAUCGCGUUGUUCCUGCGUCGGCAUUUGCAGCUCAUGAAGUGCAAGUGCUGAAGAAAGUGGGUGAGUGUCUUGUUCGGGCGUCACCACGGAGAGGUGCAAAGAGUGGGAGAGGCGACGUGUGGUGUGAUCCGUGGCUGCCGAAGUACGGAUGUGCGGUCCAGCGUACGCAGUUGAAUGCUGUGACGGUGCGGAUUGAAGUGGUGUUUGCUGAUGGGUGGGAGCAGACGCUGCACUUUGUACCGUCAGGUGAGUGUAUUCACAGUGCUGUUGCUACGACACACCAUGUUGUGCACUGUGCAGACCUGGACAUGGAGCUGGCAGUGAAAUUCUCGGUAGCUUUUGAUUCGGAGCUACGCAAUGCACAGACGAGUAAGGGAUCAAAGAGAAGUGCAGCGAGGAAUGAAUUGGGGCAUCAAAAGACUCCACAGUUUAUUGCUGCCGUUGUGAGACGGGCUGUAACGCUAUUGACAAAAGAAGCUAAUUCUGUUGGUAUUGCUCCAAGAGGAGGCACGACAGACGUGGGGCUGCAUACUGGAGGUCGGGCGCGCGAUACGUGCUGGGCGAUUGUCCAAGCAGUGAUUAAAUGCAACCUCUGUUGUGGACCGGGUUUGUUUCGAAAAACGAUGGUCGCAAUGAAGUUGAAACUGCUCUACGCUGCAGUGACCAAUGCAAAGAGCAUUUUUAUCUGCAUCAGCGUGAAAGGUGGAUGCGCCUUAGUGGACGAUCUGUUUUACAUGUUGCAAGUCAUCAUCUUAGGCACGGCUGAACUUGUGAAGGGUGGCUACAAGGUCUCGAUGUUUGAAAAACAAUGUGCUUCUCUUCGCUCUAGCAUUGAUGAACAUGUUGACGAUAUGAACUGCCGGGCUGCAACAAGAAGUACACUUUGCCGGGUAGUACACGGCUACAGCAGCUAA